AUGCGACUUUCCGUCACACCGUCGCUUGUCAAGGGGGUUCACCGAACGGCAGCGAAACUUGUGCAGGUAUCGGGCGUCUUGGCACCAUUAACCGGCUACCGGAGCUACACCGCUGGCAAAAGCCUUUGUGUCUGUAAUGGGACGGCGGCUGAUGGAUCAACGACAUCGGCGGUGGUCGCAGUGCGGCCUUGUGGCAUAGCAUACAGAGACAUCGCAGAAGAAGUUGCAAAGGAGAAGCAAACUUGUCAAACGGUUGACAGGCAUACAGGACCAAGGUAA